AUGGACUUGACUAUUCCAAUUGACGUUGAUGAAUUCAUUGUUAGCCCUCAACGACCUGCUCGUACAGAUGGUAGCCUGGAUGUCGCGCGAUGCAUCGCCCUGCAUAAUUAUCUCGUCCAGUAUGGUUGGCAGUCGGACGGUCGCGCACUCCAAGAUCUACAGCCACAGAACUAUUUCGAGCAUCACGGUGACGAAGCCGACCAAGUCCGAGAUCGACUGGACACGUCACUGAUCGCCUUCCUUGAAGCAGCCGCGAUACCCAGUGAACCGCUGCCAUUAUACUUUUGGGUGUCGGGUCUGUGCGAGCCAUCCGACGUUUUUGUUGCCCAAGAGAUGAUGCCUGAAGACGAGGAGGACCGGUUUCUCACGCUCUAUGCUACCAACGACGGAAUGGGUGAACAUCCGGCUGGAUUGAUCUACGACCAGCGUCGCCACCGUGCCGCCAUGUCUCUAGGAAUAGAAGACUUUGAGUACACGCAUCCAGUGGAAGAGCACGAAGAGCUUUGGCACCCGCUAGAAACAGUGCUUAGUCAGUGGAUCAGUUUAAUACAGCUUGGAAAGAUUACUGCCUCACAAGACGAGGCGCCAAACGAAAAGUACGGCCCCUGGAUCUGGCAGCCAUAUAGCAUGGCGCAGGUCGAUGAUGCGGUGGCCUCUUUUCAUCGACUGGUGGCGGCCAUCGAACAGCGUAUGCCAAUCGAUUCACCGAUUGAUGCACAAACCUCAAGAUUACUUUUCAGCGAGGCCGAUCUGGACGCAGCCUUGGUACCAAAGGAUUGCUUUGCCCGCCACUUUUUGGCUCGUCUUGCAAGUCCGCGCUUCAGGGCCAUCGCACCAGGGCUGAUCAUACCGCAUGAUGCAGCAGCCUUUGAAGCUUCACAGAAGUUCACCAAGAUGGAUGCAACAAGUGAAUACGGCCUCGUCGUACCGCCGGUGCUUCUUUUCGCCGCCGCCGAUGGCGCGACUGUCAAUUUUGAUUCUUUGAACCGCUACGUGUCGCUGAAUCCAUUUUGUAAGGCAUUCCGAGAUGGAGUGUCCCAUGGCGACCACUCGAUUCCGGCUGGCUUGUACAGUGAGUCAGUGGAAAGGUUUAAAAUAGACAACGCAGAGGAAGGAUUCAGGCUUUUGCUCCCAUUUUCUCUUCGCGAGCACGGGGAGGAGAGCGGUGCGAGGAAGAGCGAUGGCACUCUGAUGGAAGAAGGGAGUAUUGCUGAGCUAUUCCAGCAUGGGUAUAAGCCAUUUGGUGGGGAAUGGUGGAGGGCGCAGAGACUGUCACGGCUCUUUGAUCUCUGGACGAGUUUGAUCAACGACGGCACAUGGACUGUUGGUCCAGAGGGAGUUGAGGGAACAAUUGAUUUGUUCAGAGAUGCUGCAUAUGGAAGCACUAGGAAUUACAUGAUUGCACCGUCUUGGUAG